AUGGUAGGUUUUCUUCUAUGGGCCGUGUUCUUUCUUUCUUUCUUUCUUUCUUUCUUUCUUUCUUUCUUCUUCUUCUUCUUCUUCUUCUUAUUAUUAUUAUUAUUCUUUCAGGCCCUUGUUCAUAUCUAUCUAUCUAUCUAUCUAUCUAUCUAUCUAUCUAUCUCAGUCUGUUCAUUUCUAUGUCAGUUUGUUCAUAUCUAUCUAUCUAUCUAUCUAUCUAUCUAUCUAUCUAUCUAUCUAACUCAGUUUGUUCAUAUCUAUCUAUCUAUCUAUCUAUCUAUCUCAGUCUGUUCAUAUCUAUCUAUCGAUCUCAUUUUUUUUUCAUAUCUAUAUACCUAUCCAUCUAACUCAGUCUGUUCAUAUCUAUCUAUCUAUCUAUCUAUCUAUCUAUCUAUCUAUCUAUCUAUCUAUCUAUCCAUCCGUCCGCGCCUCGGCAUUUAUCUUUCUUUACUCACUCACGGCGUUGCUUUCUUUUCUUCCCCCCCCCUAAAAGAUCUGUCAUGUGGUCGUGAUGCUUUUACACCAUGUCGGGCUUUUCAACUUCUUCAGACAACAUAA